UUGGGAAAGUCUGCGGUCACUCCCUGGGAGAGAGAAUUGGGAGGCUGGAAAAUUUAGAGGGAGUGCCAGAUAGUAAGGAAAGGGCUUGGGGAAGACAGUAAGGUCUAGAAGGGAACAACCUUUGGCUGUUGACUAGUGGGUUCCUGAGCUGGAACCUGGAGUAGAAGGUUCCCCUGCCAACCACUAAGGAUGUGGCACCAUUUAGCAGUGAGUGAGAAGAUAGCCUAGGAUUACUGAAGGAAGACUUUGAUAUCCCAGAAGGGGAAAACACAUACAGUUAUCUGGCUAGAGGGUCAAGUCAUGAAGCAGCAGCUCCUGGAGCGAGAGAGGGGCUGCAGACUGAGAGAAGGACGGAGAGAUCUCAUGCAACCACAGAAAGGGGUGUUGACCUUGCAAAGCUAAUCCCCAGAACAGCCAGGAGGAGGCACCAUCCUAGUGGAAACUAAUUAAAAUUGGAUGUUGUAUGGUGAGAUACAUCUUUGUGAUGGAUUAUAUGUUCAAAUAUGCUCUUUUUCUACAAACUGUAGAAACAAAUAAUACCCUGUGUAUGACGGAAAUGCUGACAGUGGAAAGAAAAUUGUCAACUGGCAAUAUCACGUUAAACUGCUUUAAGAAAAUCUCUAGUUCACAUCAGUGAGCCACAGCUGGUAAAGCUUUGUAGUUGUAGUGCAUAUGCUUUUAAAAGUAAUAAAGGAUUCAACAUGUUUUUACAGUGUGUCUGCACUGAUAAUUUAGCACUGAAUUUUCAUACACCAAAAUCAUAGUAUGAUUAUCAGUGAGGAAAAACAGAACAUUAUCUAAAAACUGUCAAAAUGACCUCUGAGGAAAUGGCAGCUUCUGUACUUUUGUCUGUGGCACAGGGUAAAGUGAUACCUGCUCAGUCAGCUGAAGCUGAAAAUAGUGAAAAUGCUUGGGACACCAAUGUUAUAAAAAGACGUAUUGCUAAUCAAGGAAGACAGACGACACAUACUUUCUCGUACUUACACAGACUUAAAGAAGAACAUCUUCAGGGCUCGCUGCCCAAAAUUUUCUCUUUGGCAAGUGGAGAAGGAAUGACUGAUAAUAGGAGUAAUGAAAACUUCUGGGAGAAAAACACAUGCAUCCCUGGUUCAGUGGAGUUUCUUAACAUGAAUUGCAACAUUAUAAAGAAAAAAUGCAAGACCAGUGUUCCGCAUAACCAGUUACAUAAAUCAUGUGAUUCUUUAGCAGAAGAACAAACGUGCUUGGAAACUGGAAUUUCUACUUCCCGGGAAAGGACCAUGUUUGCUGAAAUUCAGUUGAAGAGGGAUGAACCUUCAGUAGAGAUGCAGUCAUUAAGAAACCAGUUAGCAGUAAAUAAAAGUGGCACAGAUGAUGCUGCUGAUGUAGCAGUGUUUCACUUUCACUAUGCUAGUGAAAGAAAUGUAUCAAAAGCUUUGUGCACACUUCACAACAGCUUCAUUUUGGAUGACUGUUUACAGAAGGUAAAUGUUGGUAAUGAUCACAUCAGUGACUCAACAGCCUGCACUUGUAAAUUAAUGGACUUGACAAAUUGUGACAAUAAAAAUGGACAACAGUUGUGUGAUAACUGUGACACUUUAAGGGACAAGUAUUUAUAUGUGGAAAGAGCAGCACGAAAGGUUAGAGUGGCAUGCUCAAGUCAUAGCUUUUAUGGUGGUAAUUUUACUGGAAAAAUGCCCUCAAAGCCCUUUCUGAGCCAUUUUGAAGAUUGCAGUGAUAACUGUGAAGAAGGGAUGGAGGAGGAGUUUUUUAGAAACAAAAAGGAACGUUCCACUUUAUUAAUCAGACGUUUUUGUAAAAAUGAUAAGGAGAUUAAAAAAUCAGUUUAUACUGGAACAAGGGCAAUUGUUAGGACUUUACCUUCAGGGCAUAUUGGAGCUGUUGCUUGGGAUUAUGUGGAGCAGAGAAGAAACAAGAGUGAUUUAAAGCAUUAUAGGAUUAUUGCAAAACAUCUAACUAUUCAAGCCUUAAGUGAGGAAUUAAAUUCUGAUCUUGUGAAAUCCAUAUGGUAUGAGAUCUGCAAUGCAGUGAAGGAGGAAGAGGCGGUGGAAGAUACAUUUGAAUAUUGUGUCCAUCCUCUGACAGAGCUUCCAACACUAGGUGCAGAUUGCAGAUGCAAAAAUGUCUCUUUUGUAAAACCAUGUGUAGAAAGUGCUUGCUCUGAGUACCGUGCCACUUUACAAAGGACGUCACUCUCUAACUUUAUCACUGGUGCUCUAUUAGAAGCAACUACAUCACUGGGAGCAAGAAGUGGUCUUCUAAACAUCUUUGGAGGGUCAACUGGAAGAACAAUGCUUAAAGAACGUCAACUGUGCACAUCUAUGGCUGGUUCAAAUGCGCUCCCCUCCAGUGUAGCUGGUAUCAGUAAAGAGCUAGUAGAACUUCAGCACCUCAUUCAGUUCCCAGAGGAGGUUGCUAGUAUUCUGACUGAACAGGAAAUGGAUCUCUACAGAAAGAUCUUGCCCAUUGACUACCUCUACUUCUUAACCAGGGAGUUGGGUGAUGCUGAAUGUCAGAGCAAACUUCCAUGCAUUAAAGCUUCCAUAUCUGCAACUAUUCUUUCCUCCCAAAACGGUGAACACAAUGUUAUUGAAGAUCUCGUGACAAGAUUUAAUGAGGUGAGCUCUUGGGUUACAUGGUUGAUCCUUACUGCCGGUUCUAUGGAGGAGAAACGAGAAGUCUUCUCAUAUUUAGUACAUGUGGCAAAGUGCUGCUGGAACAUGGGAAACUACAAUGCUGUAAUGGAAUUCUUGGCAGGGCUUAGGUCUAGAAAAGUUUUAAAAAUGUGGCAGUUCAUGGAUCAGUCUGAUAUUGAAACCAUGCGAAGUCUGAAGGAUGCUAUGGCACAACAUGAAUCAUCCUCUGAAUAUCGGAAAGUGGUAAAUCGUGCUCUGAAUAUUCCAGGCUGUAAAGUAGUUCCUUUCUGUGGCGUAUUUUUAAAGGAGCUUUGUGAAGUUCUAGAUGGAGCAGCAAGCCUCAUCAGACUUUGCCCACAGUAUAAUUCCCAGGAUGAAACAUUAGAGUUUGUUUCAGAUUACAAUGGGCAAGAUAAUUUCUUGCAACGAGUAGGCCAAGAUGGUUUAAAUAAUACAGAAAAAGAAUCAACAGCAAACAGUAUCUUUCAAACCAUUCGGAGUUGUAAUCGCAGUUUGGAAUCUGAAGAAGUUGAAGACAAUUUUAGUGAAGGAGGCAGUUCAAGAAAAAACUCUUUGAAGGAUAGAAACCGAUACCAGUUUAUAAUUGGAGAUCUCUCAGACUCAGAAAGUGACAUAUCUGAGCAGUCAAAAGAGUGGGACACAAAUACAACUGAAGAGCAGCAAAAGGCAUACAGUCAUGGAAUAGAACUCAUUCCCUGGUAUGUGUUAUCAAUCAGAGCUGAUGUCCAUCAGUUCAUGCUACAAGGGGCAACUGUCAUACAUUAUGACCAGGAUAUGCAUCUCUCAGCACGCUGUUUUCUUCAGCUUCAACCUGACAAUAGUACUUUGACAUGGAUAAAACCCACCACAGCUUGUCCUGCAAAUACCAAAGUAAAACUCGGUGUGCUAGGUAGCACUGCUGAUCUUGGUAAAUUUCAGUUUCUUGGCAGUACUGGAUUGAAUGGACUGGUGGAAGGUUUCUUGGAUUUGUUUUCAGCAAAGGCUGUGUACAUGGGUCACCCUGGCAUUGAUAUGCACACUGUGUGUGUUCAAAAUAAACUUUGUAGUAUGUCCCUUGAAGAGAAUGGAGUAACACUACUAUAUGGACUUCAAACUACUGAUAAUAAGUUACUGCACUUCGUGGCUCCAAAAUAUACUGCCAAAAUGCUGUAUGAUGGAUUGCUGGAAUUAACAAAAGCUGUAAGAAAAAUGAGGAAAUUCCCUGAUCAGAGAUUGCAGUGGCUACGGAAACAGUACGUCUGCCUUUAUCAGGAGGAUGGCAGGUUUGAAGGCCCAACUUUGGCUCAGGCUGUUGAACUGUUUGGAGGUAGACGCUGGAGUGCCAGGAACACAAGCACAGGGACCCUGACCAGAAGCACUGAGAAACCCAGUGUGCAGAGAAACAACACUCUGGGAAUAAGCACAGCCAAGAAAAAGAAGAAAGUACUCAUGAGGGGUGAAAGUGGAGAUGCUACUGAUGAUGAAAUGGCAACUCGUAAGACAAAAAGUUAUAAAGAAUAUCGUAAUAGAAGUGGUUCGGAUCCUCAAGACAUUGAUGAACGUGAAGAAUCGGAUCAGAAUAUUGCGACUGCCUCUAACACUCUGCCAUCUAGAAGAGCUCAUUCUCUGACUGCAUCUGGAUCUCCUAGUUUAGCACCCGGGGCAUCUGCACCAAUCAGACCAGUCUCCUCUCCUGUAAUGUCAUCUUCAAGCAAGAGUCAGGCUAGUACUUGGAGCAGCAGUAGCUGGCAAGGCCGAGUCAAAGGAGGAUUGAAGGGGUUUCAGAACUUCAUGGUUUCCGAUAGUAACAUGAGUUUUGUUGAAUUUGUAGAGCUUUUCAAGUCUUUCAGUGUUCGAAGCCGCAAAGAUCUUAAAGACCUCUUUGAUGUCUAUGCUGUACCCUGCAAUCGAUCAGGUUCUGAUUCUACUCCACUUUAUACUAAUCUGAAAAUUGAUGAGAACACCAGUGAACUCCAACCUGAUUUAGAUUUAUUGACCAGGAAUGUAUCAGAUCUGGGUUUGUUCAUUAAUAGUAGACAGCAACUAUCAGAAAACCAGAGACAGAUAUCUGAUGCCAUUGCUGCUGCUAGUAUUGUAACUAAUGGUACUGGAGUAGAAAGCACAUCACUGGGAAUAUUUGGAGUGGGCAUCCAGCAACUCAAUGACUUCUUAGUGAAUUGCCAAGGUGAACACUGCACCUAUGAUGAAAUCCUCAGUAUUAUCCAGAAAUUUGAACCCAGUGUCAAUAUGUGCCAGCAGGGGCUACUGUCAUUUGAAGGAUUUGCAAGGUUUUUGAUGGAUAAAGACAAUUUUGCCUCAAAAAAUGACGAGUCACAAGAGAAUAUUGAAGAGUUACAACUACCACUGUCAUAUUAUUACAUUGAGUCUUCACACAAUACAUACCUCACAGGCCAUCAGCUUAAAGGAGAAUCAUCAGUAGAGCUUUACAGCCAGGUUCUCUUACAAGGCUGUAGGAGUGUGGAGUUAGACUGCUGGGAUGGUGAUGAUGGGAUGCCUAUCAUUUAUCAUGGACAUACCCUCACUACUAAGAUCCCUUUUAAGGAUGUAGUUGAAGCUAUUGAUCGCAGUGCCUUUAUUACAUCUGAUAUGCCAAUCAUCAUAUCUAUAGAGAACCACUGUUCAUUGCCUCAGCAACGCAAGAUGGCUGAAAUAUUUAAGAAUGUAUUUGGAGAUAAGAUGGUAACUAAGUUUUUAUUUGAGAGUGACUUCUCUGAUGAUCCAAUGCUCCCUUCACCGGACCAACUGAGAAGAAAAGUGCUGCUGAAAAACAAAAAACUCAAAGCCCAUCAAACUCCAGUGGAUAUUUUAAAACAAAAGGCUCACCAACUCGCAUACAUGCAAGCCCAGGCCAGUAAUGGUGGCAAUGCUGGUAACCCCACCACUAAUAAUGAAGAGGAGGAGGAUGAAGAGGAUGAAUAUGACUAUGACUAUGAAUCUCUCUCUGAUGCUGAUGUCCUUAAUGCUUCUCCUGCUCCUAACAGCCAGGAAGAUAACAUUCUGGAAGACCGACCUGAGACUAAAUCAUCCAGUGAUAAACUGCAAUUUGAAUAUAAUGAAGAAACUGCCAAGAGAAUAAAGAAGACUGAUUGCAUUACUUACAACAAUAAAGGAAAGGUUUAUGACAUGGAACUGGGUGAAGAAUUUUAUCUUCCACAAAAUAAGAAGGAAAGUAGACAGAUAGCACCAGAGCUCUCAGAUCUUGUCAUCUAUUGCCAAGCUGUAAAAUUCCCUGGCCUGUCAACGCUAAACCCAUCUGGCUCUAGCAGAGGAAAGGAAAGAAAAAGCAGGAAGUCCAUUUUUGGCAACAAUCCUGGCAGACUAAGCCCUGGAGAGCCAGCAACACUUGCCAAAGCAUCUGGAAAAGGUCCUUUUGAGGGUGCCCGGCAAACCUGGGAAGAACUUUGUUCUCCUCCUUUCAACCAUACAACUUCUCUCAGUGCUAUCAUAAGGACACCUAAAUGUUAUCAUAUCUCUUCACUGAAUGAGAAUGCUGCCAAACGUCUGUGCAGACGGUAUUCUCAGAAACUGAUUGAGCAUACCACAUGUCAGCUAUUGAGAACAUAUCCUGCUGCCACUCGCAUUGACUCUUCAAACCCCCAUCCCCUUAUAUUCUGGCUCCAUGGAAUACAGCUAGUGGCAGUUAACUAUCAAACUGAUGAUCUCCCUCUGCAUCUUAAUGCAGCGAUGUUUGAGGCGAAUGGUGGCUGUGGGUGUGUUUUGAAACCCUCUGUUCUGUGGGACAAGAACUGUCCAAUGUACCAGCAAUUUUCUCCAUUAGACCGAGAUCUGUAUAAUAUAGAGCCAGCUAUAUAUUCUUUAACAAUUGUGUCUGGACAAAAUGUUUGUCCUAGCAACAGCACGGGAAGUCCAUGCAUUGAAGUUGAUGUACUUGGGAUGUCUCUGGAUAGCUGCCAUUUUCGCACAAAACCCAUUCAUCGCAAUACUCUCAACCCCAUGUGGAAUGAACAGUUUCUCUACCGGGUUCACUUUGAGGAUCUGGUCUUUCUUAGAUUUGCAGUUGUUGAAAACAACAGCUCAGCUGUAACUGCUCAAAGAAUCAUUCCACUAAAGGCUCUAAAAAGAGGGUAUAGACAUCUCCAGCUACGAAACCUACACAAUGAAGCCUUAGAAAUCUCAAGUUUAUUCAUAAACAGUCGGAGGAUGGAAGAAAAUCCCUCUGGGAAUGUUGUGCCUACCUCUUUGUUGUUUAGCACAGAAGAGAAGAGAACUUCAAAGUUGUACAAAAUCACAAUACAUGGAAUUCCAGGUCCUGAACCCUUUACUGUUUUUACUAUAAGUGAAGGGACUACAGCAGCACAGCUUCUUCAUCGAAUUUUGGCUACCACAAAAAGCACUGAAUCACGUGCUCCCGAUUAUUUUCUGAUGGAGGAAAAAUGUUUUAUAUCUAAAGAAAAGACUGAAUGCAGGAAACCACCAUUCCAGAGGGUGAUUGGCCCUGAGGAGGGGCUAGUACAGCUUUUGAACAGCUGGUUCCCAGAAGAAGGAUAUGUUGGAAGGAUUAUCUUUAAAACCCAAGAGGAAAAUUUGAACGGGAGAAACAUUUUUCAAGAAGAGAAAGAAGAUGCAAAUGUUAGCUCUGAAGACGAUACUUUCUUUGUUCAAGUGCAUGAUGUUUCCCCAGAGCAGCCUCGCACUGUCAUCAAAGCUCCCCGCUUUAGCACAGCACAGGAUGUCAUACAACAGACUCUUUGUAAAGCCAAGUAUUCCUACAGCAUUCUGAGUAAUCCCAACCCAAAUGACUAUGUCCUCUUGGAGGAGGUGACAAAAGAGCUGACAAACAAAAAGUCAACAUCUAAGCCAUCGCAGAGGAUUCUGUCUGAUCAAGAGUGUGUGUUUCAGGCUCAGAGCAAGUGGAAGGGAGCAGGGAAGUUUAUCCUUAAACUUAAAGAACAGGUUCAGGCAGCACGAGAUGAUAAAAGAAAAGGCAUUUCUUUUGCCAGUGAACUUAAGAAAUUAACCAAGUCAAGUAAACAGUAUCGGGGCUUUGCAUCAUCACCUUUGCAGAGCUCACCAGACAAUACUAAAGAUGAAAAAUCUGCUGCCAGUUUGACCUUUAGUGACAAUAUGGAAUAACAUCCAUGCCAGCAGUAUGUUCGCUGCAGGUGAUUUUAAAGGCCCUAAAAUGGCAAAGGCAAAAAGCCAAUCUGAGGCUGAUAAAAACAGAGGGAGAUAGAUUGUCAUAUUCCCUCUUUUUCCACAUAGCCUUGAAUUUACUUGAUAACUGGAACCAGAUUCCUGAUUUAAGAGAUCUUUCCGCAUUCUCCAUGAAGGACACAGCUGAGGCCUAAACUAUUCAGCACUAGAUUGGCCUAAUCCAGACUACACUUCUUGGUUGACAACCCACUCAGCUUUACCAGAGCUGUAUCUGUUACGGUUUCUAAUGUUUGGAAAGACGCUUGCCAGCAUUUGAAAGAGAUUCCUUUCUUCCCAAAUACCUUCACAUCUGCAAAAUCUGGAGAGGAAGAUUAAGCAGACUUCUUAAAUUGUACUUUGUAAACAGAAACAUGUCUUUUUUAAUAAACAAAAGAUAUUUUAACUAAUUGCUUUAAGGGAAGAGAAUUAGAACUAGAGUGUUCUGUGUAUUGUAUGAAAAUAAUGCACCUUUAAUGGUUCCUGUUAAACACUGUUAGGUGAUUGUAAAAAGAUUUACAUAGACUAACUUUCUUGGUAUCACAUAUUUAAUUUUGGUGAUAUACUCAAGAUGCUUACCAUACUUAUUUAUGGUUUAUCUACUUUCACAAGUACAAACAGCUAAAUACACCUCAUUGAUAGUGAUAUUUUGACAAGGAACAACAUUUUCUUCAUUCAAAUUCUAGUUUUCCAGGUUUGAGUUUCAAGUAAGAAUGAUUAUUUAUUUUCACGUUCCAAGGUAUGUGUCACUGUGUAAUAUAUUUAUCAUACCUUACUUUUUAAAAACUGCAGCUUCAUCUUUUUUGGUUUAGGGGAAAAAUAAUAAUUUUCUGUUGAAAAGAAACAUUCAGAAAAUAACUCUUCGAAACAUGCAAUUGCUUAAAGUUUCAAUUGUGAAAUCAUAAUCUCAACAUUAGUGUUUGUUAGAGAAUGGAAAAUACUAGUCAUCUAAAUAUUUUUUAUAAAUGAGAAAAUAAUUUCCGCUUAUACCCAUAGCGUGUAAAGAACCCAGGCUACUCCAUUUAUUUUCCACUAUAAACCUUGACUUUUUGUUUAUGUAGAAGCACUGCUGUAAAGUUUUGUAUAUGUUUGAAAUCAUGAUUUUUUUUAAGAAGUUAGUUAUAGCUGUAUCAUUUUCUUCAGUGUAAGUAAGUCAAAAGCAGUUCAUACUGACUUAUACAAAGUAAGGGCACAACAAACUGCUGAGGUCAGCCAUCCUUCUGAUGUCCAUACUUAAGAACCUUGUCUAGUAACUAAACUGUUCAGCACAAGCUUUGGCUACACUUCAGACCAUAUGUCUGAUGCAGGGAUUGCUGUAGAUGAGUAAAUCAGUUAAACUAAAUUCAUAGGACAGUAAGAAGUAACUCUCCAUUAAACAAUCUGAAGUUGAAUGAAAUGUAGGGAGAUGAUUCAAGCAGUCUGCUCAGCAAAGAGAAUUAAUACCCUGUGUAUUAGCUAGAGGGUCUACAGCCUGAGAAAUGCCCUCUAGCACAAAACGAUGCUGUUUCUAAGGAUGAGUACAGAGAUAUAGAUUUUCACAAAAUUAAUCUAGACAAGGCACUAUAGUUGCUGACUCCAAGAAAUAAAUGUAAAACUAAAAAGUUUAAGUUGAUUUCUAAAUGUGCAGAAACUAUGCCGUGUUCAAAUAAAAGCAGGAGAAAAAAGUUAGAAAAAGGUGAGAGUUGCUUUCUGUGCAGGAAGUGCCCUUUUCAGGCUGAUUCCAACAUUAGGGAAAAAAAUUUAAACAUUCAAAACUCCCUUACUGAGGCAUACCCAGGAGCUUACACACUUAUUUUGAAAUUCACUUGUCUUUAUUUUAAAAAUAGUAACCCCUUGCAACGAAGCCUGUUCUGAAUUCUGGGAAAUUCGCAAUAUUUUUAAGCAGUGCUAUGUCAUUUGUCUAAAGGUGGUUUUCAGAGUUACAUGAGAGCAGAUUACACAUAAUAUUUUGAAAAGGGAGUAGCCAUGUAGCAGCCACUGACUUUACAGGACCCUAAGCUGCUUAGGCACUUAUGAAAAUCCCACUAGUCACCUAUCUGCAUCUUUUUUGAAAAUGGACCUUAGGCCUCUCAAUUACUUCAGAUUUCAGGGUAAAAUUUUCAGGACUGUUUAUGGUGAACAAAAAUAGCUGCUCUUCUAUCUAGUCCUUCCAUGUCUAAAGUAACCAGUCCCCCUGUGAGAGAUACAGGAAAUUCAGCCUGCAUGGCACAUUAUUAAGUGAAAUUACACAGUGUUUUAUAUGCACAUUACCCCUUCAAGCAAUAUUUUCAUUGAUAGUGUAUAGCUAUUGUAUAUCUUUCAUUGUCCUUUGGCUAGAGCUUAGAUGAAGGUCUGAUCCCUUUUUCAUUUUAUAUACAUCUCCAUCCCCUGCAUUGGUUGUUAAAUCCACUUAGACACAUGAAAAUAUUUAAUAAAAAAUUUACCCUUCAUUUGAUAAAUGGAUUCCCCCUAUUUCCAGUAGCACUGAAAGUAAGAUGGUUGGGUCCUGCCAAAUUUGGGCACCAGUAUCAGGACAGAUUUGAGAGAAGCUUUUGUAAAUCUACUACGGAUCCAGCAGAGGGAGAACUCUUGUGUAGGAAUGCCACAAUGUCUCAUUACUACUAGACUUGAAAGAAAAUUUAGAUAAGAGCAUCCUAGAUUAUAGCAGGCAAAGGUUGGUAGCCAUUUAAAAAGCAACAGAUUAGCAUACACUCACUGUGUAAGUGCAGGAUGUGGUUUAUCCAUAAGGACAUUUUCUCUUUGCUAGUUAUUUUAGACUUGCCCAAUUGUCAUGAAUACUUACCAGCCACAGGACAAAAUCUACUUAAAAGCAUAGUAGUAAUGAGAAAACCAAGCAUUUUGCAUGUUCAGUUUAAAAAAAUCAUUUUAUGGAGGUGGGCAUGAUAGAAUUUUCCAAAACUGAUUAUACUGAAUUGGGGGAGGAGGGGUUCAUUAACAUACCUCAAUUUAUUUAAGUUUUAAAAAAAUAGGGAUCUUGAUGAUCAAUCAACACCACCACAUUACUUUCUGCAUUAGUUAAUUGAAUUCAUGUUGUUUUGGUCAUAGAUGAAAGUAGAGGAAGCACAUAAGCUUUCCAUUUUCGUUAGCCUAAAAAUCCCCCCCAAAUGAAAUUAUAUAGAGCUAUUACUCUUGUGUUAAACAGCUUUAACUUAUUUAAAACACCAUAAACAGAUUUAACAUCAAGCUGUUUGGUUAACAGGAAAAUUUGUCCUGCUUACCCAUAAAGUUUCCUUUCUUCAAGAAUACAAGUCCACAGAUACAUAUUAAUGGAUUUGAUAGAUGGACAGCAGUGGUUCUGCCUCCCUGGCAGUUCAGGCUAAAUGCCAUCAUAUGGAUCUGUGGACCUGGGUUUGAUAAAGAAACAUUUUUAUUACAAACUAUUCACAGGAAAUGUAUUAACACAGUAUAUAAUAUAAACCUUCCAGAAACCUGCAACUGAUAGCAGGACUCACCAUAGUCAGUCAACUUCCUGUUACCUGUUUUGUAAAGAAAACACUUUAUUCUACACUAAACUAUUUUUUUUUUUAAAACCCUUCCUACCUAUGCCUAUCUGUAUUUGUUUCAACGUAUAGUGAAUACUGGUAUCGGUGCUUGGAUGGGAUUGACGUUGGAAGCCAUAGGUCUUGGCUGUGUUACAACACUACACAGUUUUCAGGAACUGGAUUGUUGUAUUGGCUGGUGUUCUGUCAAGUUUUAAGAAGGAUUUAAAAAAAAAAAAAAACCUUAAAAGAUUAAAAGUACUAUGUCACAUUUUAAAAACAUACAUCACAUUUGUUUUUAGUUUUAUUACUACUAAUAUUAGUUGGGGGAAUGUCUCAACCAUCUCCUGAAAAUAACAAUUAGCCUCUAGAGACCAUUAUCAAGUUAUCAAGAAUAAGAGUUUAACAGAGAAGUAUCUCAACAUUAAGAUCAUAUUCUCUUUAAACUCAGUUUGGCUUUAUAAAAGAGAACUUGUCAGUGGUUUUUUACUUCAAAACUGAGUCUUCAGCUUCUGAAUGUUACUGAUUUUGCUCUAGCUCUCAAAAUGCAAUUUAGCUUCAGCAGAUGAUUAUCAAUCACUUUGUUGUUGCUAGCCCAUUAGAUGUAAUGAUGGUGGAGUGUUUUCUAUUUGUGAUAAACAUAUCAUAAUUGCUGCAGUGCUACACAGUUGACAGAAGUAACCAACACAAACAAAAAAUACAAUACCAGUAAAUAUUUCUCUCACACAUAUAUAUAGGCUAUUAAACUGAAUUUAUUAGUUGUGCAAUUGUCUUCAUUCUGCUGCUUUAAAAUGUGUCAAAAUGUUUUGUCAAUGUUCUAUCAGUAUGUGCCAGUUUUUAUAAAUUUUACAUAAUUUAAAAACUAUGUAUUUUAAAACUGAAUUUCCACCUGGACUACUUUCUCUCUGACUUGAAAAGUAAACUUAUAUUUGUAUAUGUUGGAAAAAUAAAUGGUUUAAGAAGUGGACCUUUAGUUCUUCUUUCCUGAACUGCCAAAACUGUUGGCAAUGGGGACACUUUCUAAAGUUUUCAAAGCUUAAAUUACAUCUCUUUCCCGAAUCCUCUCACCGAGUCAUUUAAGAACAGAAGUAUUCAAAUGGAGAUGGGGGCUCAUAUAAAUUACUAAGAGACACAAAAGACUAUGUGGGAUACUAUUUGUACAAAGCAUUCUAUAGGUCCUUUUUACAGUUCAGGUAGUGAAAAUAUGGGUUUUUAAAUAUACUAAUUUAUAGGGACUCACCAGUACCUACUUCAAAAGUGAGAUAUUUGUUCAUUUAUGUCUUACUUCUUAGGACUAUUUAACCUAUUUUGAUAGCAUGGUGGUAUUAAAUUAGAUAUUUAAAAUAGAUUUCACAGUAAUUAUGGUAGCACCUAAAGGUCUGAUCUGUUCUACAAUAAAGGAAACAUUUUCUAAGCGUUGCAGGUUACCAGCCACAUGAGAAAAGCCCGUGAGGGCAGGGGACCAUCUUUUUGUUCCAAGAUUGUGCAGUGCCUAGCACAAUGGGGUCCUGAUCCAUUCCUAGGAUUCCCGGGUGCUACGAUAAUACAAACCACCACCACUUUGCAUAACUGAAGCCUCUGUUGCCUAGCAUACCACACACCAAAUCAGUUCUACACAAAGUUGUAUGUAAAGUGAAUGUUAGAACUCUCACUUUUAAAUUAUUUCAUGCAAUUUAUCUGCAAAGCCAACAUGAAAAUGGCAUUAAAAACCCAACUUAUGCUAAGCUAACCAAAGGCCGGGGACAAAUACUCGUAAGACAAAAA